GUUUUGGGGUGGUUGGACAUUCAAAAGAGUAAAAUAGCCGUCCCCGUCCCAAAAACGUAGUUGAAAGCCUCGGUCAACUUAGACUGGAUUUUCUGUCAGUGUUUAGUUUUCUGUCUUAAUGCGGGCGGGUACUUAUUUUAGAUUAUAGUUAUUAUUAUACUCAUAAAAAUACCUUUUUCUAGUCAGUAAGUUGGAGGGUCAAGUUUUUCUUUCUUCUUCUUCUUGAGCAAGCAAAAAAAGCCAUCACUGCUCUGCUAUUCAAUACCAGAAACGAGAACUGAACAUUGACUUUUGAUCCACAUUGCAAAUUUCAGCUAACAGAUUGAGAGGAGUAGAUUCAGAGAUGAUGAUCCAUUCAAAUGGACCGGAGAAGACCAUCCGGAAGAUUUCAGCACGGUUAAGGAACUUUGAACCCACAAAAUUAAUGCUUGAGAGGACACUUUCUUUCACGGAUCUUGUUGAAGAUGUGGAAAGAUCAAUGUGGUCAAAUGCUGCAAAUGCAAAACCAAUACUUACUUCCCUUCCAGAACCUUCUGUCAUAUUUUCUCCCCGCCCCAGUAGUGAGCUUGAUGCAGCUGCUGUGAAGCUUCAGAAAGUAUACAAGAGUUAUCGGACUCGAAGAAACCUUGCAGACUGUGCUGUCGUGGCCGAAGAACUAUGGUGGAAGGCCUUAGACUCUGCAGCUUUGAACAAGAGCUCCGUUUCGUUCUUCAAUGAUGAGAAACCAGAAACUGCCAUUUCACGGUGGGCUAGAGCACGUACAAGAGCUGCAAAGGUUGGAAAGGGAUUGUCUAAGGAUGAUAAGGCUCAAAAGCUAGCCCUACGGCAUUGGUUGGAAGCGAUUGAUGCACGGCAUAGGUAUGGACACAAUUUGCACCUCUACUAUGAUGUGUGGUUUCACAGUGAAAGCUCUCAACCUUUCUUUUACUGGUUGGAUGUGGGAGACGGGAAAGAAAUAAAUCUUGCAAAGUGCCCAAGGAUUAUGCUGCAGCGCCAAUGCAUUCAAUAUCUUGGCCCAAAAGAGCGUGAAUGUUAUGAAGUUAUCAUUGAAAAUGGGAAGCUUGUAUACAAGCACAAAAGAAUCUUUGUGGAGACGACAGAAGCUUCAAAGUGGAUAUUCGUCCUUAGCACCUCAAGAACAUUGUAUGUGGGGCAAAAGAGGAAAGGCGUAUUUCAACACUCGAGUUUUUUAGCUGGUGCAGCCAUCAUAUCUGCUGGAAGGCUGGUUUCUCACUGUGGCAUUUUGGAGGCAAUUUGGCCAUACAGUGGUCACUAUCUUCCAACAGAAGAGAACUUCAGAGAAUUCAUUAGCUUCCUAGAGGAGCACUAUGUAGAUCUUUCGAAUGUUAAGAGAUCUGCUGUUGACGAAGACUCGUUUUCGUUUAAGAUGAUUGGUGAGGGUUCAGGUGGACGCUCAUCUAAACAUCUUUGUGCUGCUCAAUCCGAUGCUGAUAGAACCACAUCCGACGUAAAGGGUUCACUAUAUCAUUUUCCCUGCAAGUGGUCCACGGGAAAUGGACCACGUAUUGGGUGUGUAAGGGAUUACCCGACGGAGCUGCAAUGCAGGGCGCUCGAACAGGUUAACCUGUCGCCUAGAGUUGCUACAGGUUGCGGCUUCAUCGACUGCGGUCCGGUCCCAUCACCACGGCCUAGCCCUGAAGUCCGGCUUUCUCCUAGGAUUGCACACAUGGGGUUGCCCAGUCCUAGGACUCACAUCCCAGCUGGCUGCGUCUAAUAAUUGACGAAAGGUUACCCAUCUCUGCUGCUUCUCAACUAACACCCAAAUCUCUCCUUUUGGCAUUCAAUUCAAUCAGUUUCUCUAAUGUUUUCAAAGGUUUCAUGGCUAAGAUCAUUCAGACUUUAGGUUUGUUUGGCUGAUUAAUUAUUCUUUAUGGGUCUUUUAAGGAGAGUUUUGGAAAUGAUGUUAGAUUCAAGCAGUGCAUAUCAGCAUAUGUUCAGCAAUAAUAGGCUACUACUUUUUAGUGUAGGGUUGUAUAUAAGGAAUAGGCUCAUAUAUCAAUCAGAGAUAGAAACAUUUUCUUUUUACUCCUGCAUAUAUCACUGAAGUAAAUUUCUUGUCAUUGUAUCGGAGUGUAAACUUGGGUUGAGGACCCGAGGAGAACUGGAGAACUUUUGAAAUCUGCAUAUUUAAAAACUACCGCAACAGUUUCUGUUGAAGUACA